AUGUGCUUAUCUCGAAAGGCUCUGGAGAAGAAGUCAAAAAAAUCAGAUGAGUGGUUUUCAUCUUUACAGUACUUCCAUUGUAAUAUAAAUAAUCUAUUGAUUUCUGAUUCUUUUUUAGAUACUGGAAGUGAAUUCAGUGUUUUAAAUAAUUCAGCAAUUCAUACACUUGGAUGGAAGAUUGAUGAGCCAUCCAAUUUUGCUAUAAAGGGCAAUUCCAAACAUAUUACUAAUUCGUUAGGAUGGUAUAUGAAUGUGCCGGUUACUAUGAAGGACAAAGAGGGAAAGACAGUCAUGAUCAUUGGAAAUUUUGUACGUAUAGAUAAUGGCGAACCUGAACCAAUGCUAAUUUUAGGUAUGUCUAAUAUUCGAAAGCUCCAAGGUGUUUCUGAGCCAAAUAAAAACCAGUUCUGCAUAAAGUUAUAUGGGAAGACUUAUGUUAUUCCAACAUAUAGCAAGGCCCCAGUAGCUAAAGAACUGUCAAAAGAAGAGCAGAACCAAGUAUCUACUGAUUCCUCUAGCCUGAUUAGUGAAGACUUAAAAAAA